AUGAAUGGAGGUGUUGGCGCCGCGCCUCCUGCCGCUGCUGCGGGGGCACCGCCUGGCCACUCGAGGCCGCCGCUGCCUCGCAGACCGCCCGGUGCACAUCGGUCCUUGAAGCAGCGCGAGCGCGAGGCCCCCGACGUGGACUGGGCGCGCGCGCUGCAGCACUUCGCUGGCUGCAUCCGCGCCGACCUGGACGAUCUGCAUCGACGCUUCCUAGAGGAGAACGUCGUGGGUUUCGCUGCGUGGAAGCGGCUGUGGCGGGACGCGCGGAUGAGUGCCGCCUUCCACGUCGAGUUCUGGGAGAGCACCCCCACGACCACGCACAAGGCCAUUCUGCAGCAAGCUCUGGACGCACUGGUCUGGUGCAUUGAGGAGCGAGGCGGCGAGUUCGGGAGCGAGGCCGACGUUGCUGCGCUGAUUGGGCGCGUGUUCGCGCUGUACUGCGCGUACUCGGUGCAACUCGGCGCUCCGAAGCACAAGAUCGACGUGGACCCGCAGGACUGGACGGCGCUGAUCUCGGUCAACUGCGUCAUGAGCGGAGCAGGCGCGACGAUGUUCCCGACGGCAGCCCGCGAGGUCCGAGCAAUGAUGCACCGGCUUGUGGUGCAGGAUAACGCGUUCCUCCGCUGCUUGAAGGGAUUUGGCCCAAGUGUUCGAGUCCAGGACCGUGCAGAAAGACCUCGAGGUGGUGGUGAAACUGGCGCACGUCAAGAUGUGCCUUCCGUUGUGAACAGUGCGACGGAGGAAGACGCCAUUGUGCAGCAGAGCAAACUGGAGCAACUCAAGUGCCUUAAUGAUCGCUACCAGGAGAUAAUGAGCCGAGCUCGCUCGUCUGGGGCGGCUGCAUCAAGUUCUGGCGCACGCUUAGGUGGGCGUCGCCCUCCCAAACUUCCCGGUCCCCUCCUGCAAGGCUCAGGACAUAACGGAGAAGAGCUGAUUCGCUCCUUGACUUCAUACAUGGAGUACAAGCAAAAGGAAGAGGCCCGCAGAAUGGAUCGAGGCGCGCGUGCUGCUGCAGCUCGCGAGGAAGAAGCCAAAAACAUGCUCGAAGCGUUCGCGAGUGAACGGGACGACAGCACCAACAUCCUUGCUCUGAGUGAUCGUGGCAGCGUCAUGUCAGCUCCAUUUAGUCCGGUGGCCAGAUCCGUUGCCUCAAGUCGUCGUGAACCUCGUCGUCGGAUCGAUAGUGAAGGAAGUGAGGCAUUUCUUGCGGAGCUGGAGUCUGAGCUGCACGCAGACGUUUCGAGUGACCAAGUUGCUCCAAUAUCUACCUUGCCUACUCGAAAUGCAUCGACGGGAAGACAUUCCUCGGCUAUCAGUGAGAUUAGUGAAGCGGACAGUGACGCUCUUGCCGAUCUGGAGCGAGAGCUGGAGCAAACUCUGGCUAAUCCAACAUCUCCUGCACGGCGAAAGCGUGGUCGAAGUGCUCCCUCUGCGGGUAUUGUCUCUAGAACAGCAACUCGUACUGUUCAAGCAUCCAAACAGAAAUCAGCUGCCGUCGCUAGUAUCGAACAUGCUCGCCCUAUGACGGGGCGAAGACCACACGACUCAACGCCUAGCCGCAUUCCCGUCACCGAUUCGUGGGCUGCGUCUUCGACUGCCGAAAGCGAUGGACUUGACACGAUUCAAGCUGAGCUGGAUGCCGUUCCGAUGGGAAACUCGAACGAGAGUCUCAUCGAUCGCGUCCGAAAGCAGUGA